AUGUCAGGCCUGACGAUCGUCAUCGUCGGGGCGAUAGCUGCCGGUCUUGCCUUUGCUGGCUUCACGUUCACUCCCAAGGGACCCAACCACGAGGUGACGAGGGUAUCGAUCGUCAUGCUCAUCGUCUGCUUCUAUCUCAUGUGGUCGAUCACCUAUCUCGCCCAAUUACAUCCGCUCAUCGAACCCAAGCAUUCCGGCGUCCGCAAUCUAGACGAUGACGCUGGCGCACGAUGA